CCCUAAACUACACUUCCCAUGAUCCUUUGUGUUCCAUUUUUACCCUGUGUCUGUGGAUGUUGUGAAAUCUGCCCCUGAGUCGUGGUUCACACUGUUGCUCAAGUCAUUCUCUGCUCUGGACUGAGCUGUCAUCAUCGCAACUAAACAGCUUCCGAUGUCGAUGGACGCGCUCGGACCCCCUGCGGCGGUACAGUUUCGAAACGUGGGACAGUUUUACUUUCCCCAAACCCGCGUGGAGUGUCACCUGAGCCUGGGCCCGGAUCACCGCUGGAGCAGCCGGGACUGGAUAGGCAUCUUUAAGGUGGGAUGGACGUCCACAAAGGAAUAUUACACUUACACCUGGGUCAAUGUCCCUGAGAACUACAGCGCUGGCUCCACUGUGGACUGCUGCGCCCUCUUCCACGCGUUCUACCUGCCGCGCCCGGGACCAGCGGAGUAUGAGUUUGUGUACGUGGAUCAGAGCGGAAAGGUGUGCGGGCGGAGUCGAACCUUCAACUUCUGCUCCCCCAAACCACUGGAGGAGCUCGAGACUGUGAGAGAGGAGAGGGACGAGGAGAGAGGAGACGAGAGAGACGAAGAUGAGCUGAUGGUGGUGGUGCCCAGAGCCACUCUACUGCAGAAUCGGUUGGACGAGAGUCUGAAAUCUGUGGACAGCCUGCAGAGGGCGCUGGAUGAGUCGAGGAGGGAGGCGGAGGAGGAGAGAGAGAGGAGCAAGCAGAGCGAGCAAGAGUGGGAGAGCGAGAGAGCCGCUCUGAAGAAAGAGAAGUCCGACCUCCAACAAACGAUCACACAGUACACCGACAUGCUGAAGAGGAUGGAGGGAAGGCAUCAGGAUGUGAAGUACAACCAGGAGAAUCUGAGCAGCGAACUGAGCAAACUUCUGACUGAGAAAGUGGAGAGUCUGCAGAGGAUUAAAGAACUGGAGGAGGACGAGAAGGAGCUGAGGGAGCGCGAGAGAGAGGCUAACGCAGAGCUGGAGAGACUGAGGGACAGAGUGAAGAAGAUGAGCAGUCAGAUGAAGCACGAGGAGGAGAAGAGAAAGGCUCUGCAGUGUGAGCGUGAUGCUCAGGCUCUGGAGCUGCGUGCUCUACAGGAGCGGCUGGACUCAUCUGAGCUCCAGGCCCAGACUCUGAGGAGGGACCUGAGGGAGAUGACCUCACGCCACAGUCUGCUCCACACUGAACUGCAGCAGUCCCGCCUGCAGGGGGCACAGCUCAGCCUACAACUGUCCCAGGACCAACUGCAGCUGAGGGAAGAGCGUGCGGCCUGGGCUCUGGAGAGAGAGGGAUACAGGCAGGCUGCAGAGACUGAUCAGAACAAGCUGGAGGACCUGUACUCAGAGCUGCGCAGGAAAGAGGAGUGGCUGCAGGAUGAGCGAGCCGAGAGAGAGCGACUGGAGAAGGAGAGGGACCAGAUCAGGGCCCAGCAGAGGGAGCUACUGGAGUCUGUGAAGAGAAACACACAGAGAGGAAGAGAAGAGCAGAUGUCAGAAGAUAAUCCCCGCACAAAAUCACAUGAUGGAGAUACAUCUUCUGACGAUGAAGACCGUGCCUCCUCCUCUUCCUCUCUCUCUCCUGUCUCCUCUGAAGUGAAUUGUCCUCAGCUCUCAGAUUCACAGGUCGAGGAGGAGCUGUACGAAUCUGCCAAAGAAAAUCUAAAUGUCCCCAAACUCAUUGACCCUACCAUGAGUGAAGCGUGUGACCCCUAUGUGUGGUAAAGUCCUCUUCACCAUCAAGUUUAAUCGUGUUGACAUAAUGUUGUGACUAGUCAUUUUUUCAGUUAGAUUUUAGACAUUUUUACAUGUUAUUUUUUAUUAUUAUUAUUAUUGCAUGUUGUUUGAGUGUUCACAUCUGGACUCUACUGUUUUUGUUUGUUUUUUGGUGCAAAUUAACAAUGUAUUGAAUAGAAUUAAUGAGAUAAAACUGGUAAAAGUCCUCCUACGUGGGAAAAGGUCUUAAAAACAUUAUUGGCAGUCUAUCUACUGUAUGGUACGAAGCUGUGGGGGUUGCUAGCUUAUUUUAAGAUAUAAUAAAAAUAUAGCCUAAUGUGUUUUAAUUUAUUUUCAGACUUCUAAGUAACUAAUAAUAUAGAACAUUUUAAUAUUUUGUCAUGAGUCAAAGUUUACAUAGAUAAUGAGAAAACAUAAAUUAAACAACCUAUUAACAUUCAAAUUGAUUAAAAUAAAGACUACCUGAUUAUUUUUAAAUGUAAAAUACUUCAAUUUGUUAUGUUAGUAUUUAUUAUGCCUCAAAAUUUGCAUUAGCAUUAGCAUAGAGACACAAACGUCUCUUUCUAAACACAGAAGUGUCUCCGGUGAAGUGUUAAUUUUUAUUUGUGUAGUGUUUAACGUGUUGUCAGUGACAUCCACGUGCAGCUCCCUGUCCACUGCCUCAUCUUUAAAUAUUUAUUAAUUUUAGCGUGACUUGGCAAAAACCUCAUAGAGAUAAAGAUUGGACAGGAAGCAGUGAUGAUAACUGUAGGGCUAGCGGGGGCUUGUGUGCACUGAGCCAAGAUUCAGUCCAAAAUGUAUUUGGUUAAAAUGGUAAAAGAUUUUUUUCCACUUUAUUAGGAUUGUUAUAUCACUACUGAGACAUUGUUAUUACAGUAUCGUGCAUCCCUGUAAAGUGUAUGUAUUGUUAUAGCAAUACUGAAUUUCCCUCUGGAUCAAUAAAGUAUCUAAUAAUCCA